AUGUAUGAAAAAAGAAAGAAGGAAUCCAGUGGUUAUAUAAGCCCAGCCAAGUACAAAGAAGCGUUUCAUCUUGAUGAUACCAACAAGAGUCAUACUGACAUAAAGGAACGUCUCUGCGGUCAAAUGAUUGGCAUCGGUCGAAAAGCAAUAAUGUCCUUUGCAUUGGAAGCAGAGAAAUGGAAUCCUGAUGGACUGCAACUUGCCAUCUCAACAAUUUGA